UCUCUGUCUAAUAUAUAUUUAUAUUUAUAUAUUAAGAAACCCUUCUCCUUUUUCUUCCUUCUUCCUGGAUAUACAACAGACCAACAUGGGCUUGCAGAACCAGCUAAACGACGUAUCGUCUGAUUCCAUCCCUUUAUUGCUUAUAGCACUCAUCGCUAAAUGCGUUGAUCAUCUCCGCUCUUUACUCUUCACCUUCUUUCACUUUUUCGGUCUUUCCCGAUUCGGCUCUUCCCACGGCGUAAUCGACGAUGGUCUCUUGGCCUCAAUGGGCUCUAGCCUUGCUGGCCUCAUCGUUCUUGCGGAGCAGCUCAAUCUCAACCGCGUUUUCUCUUACAGGUAUUGUUGUGGAGGAGGCGAUGAUAACAAUAAGGUAGGAUCGGAUUGUGUGGUGUGCUUGUGUACGCUGAGAGAUGGGGAACAGGUCAGGAAGCUUGAUUGCCGUCACGUAUUUCACAAAGACUGCUUUGAUGGCUGGCUUGAUCAUCUCAAUUUCAACUGUCCACUCUGCCGCUCGCCGCUCGUCUCCAAUCAGCGCGUCGAAUUCACGCGGAGGCGCGUGGGUGGGGAUUUGCUGGAUUGGUUCUCUACUAGUUGAUGCGUUUUGUUCCUGAUGCGGCGUUCAUGACGGCUGUUUACGGUGGAUGAUGGCAGUCCGCGAUUUUUUUGGGGGGUAAAAUUUGAAAGUUUUAUGGCAGUUUUGACCAUGGAAUUUCUCUUUUUAUCUUUUUUUCCAAUUAUUUAUCUUUUUUAGAGCUCCCGAGGGUUCUUUUAUUAUUAUUAUUAUUGUAAAUUUUGAAAUUUGAGAGUUUGUUUUGUUAUGAGAGGAGAGAGUAGUCUUGUACAAAGGCUAUUACCACUUGUUAGAGACGUACAAAUACAGUAUGCUAUUGUUGUUAGCAGAA